UCUUGUGCUUGCUUUUCCUCUGGGAUGGGUCCACCAGCUGAAGAUAAAGAUAUAAGACACUUUAGAAGAAUUGCAAAGGAAUUAAACAAAGAGUUUAUAGAUACGAAUAUGAAGAUAGCUUUGAUAGGGAAACCCAACGUUGGAAAGUCUAGUAUGUUUAAUAGAUUGGUGGGGAAAAGAUUAUCACUCGUAGAUAAAACUCCUGGUAUGACUAGAGACCGAUUGAUAAGUAACGAUGCAAUAUUAGGAAACUAUCGAUUCACCGUUAUGGAUACCGCAGGAUUGGAAGGAGUUCAUAGUAAAGAACCCAAAUUGGAUGAAGUUAGCUUAACUUGUGAGUCUGUGGCUUCGUCCUCUGCAAUGGAAUACAAAGAAGAAGAUGUGUAUCGUUACGUAUAUACAAGAAUGGAACAACAAUCGAAGCAAGCAGUGUUAGAAGCAGAUGUGAUAUUCUUUAUGGUGGACGUAAAGGAUGGGAUUACAAAGGUAGAUAAGGAGAUUGCUCGAUGGCUUCUUAGUAAAAAGUCUCCAGAGUUUAUUAUUUUGAUUGCAAACAAGUGCGAUACAAAAGCUUCGGAAGAUAAUAUAUCGAUGGUAUAUACACUUGGACUUGGUGAGCCUGUCAAAGUAUCGGUUGAACAAAUGAAAGGAUUUUAUGAACUAUAUGGUCGAUUGGAGCAAUUGAUUCCUAAUGUAUUAAGGAAACCAUUGCCAAAAGGACCUUCAGAUGAGGAUUAUGAACAACAACAAAUGGAAGAAAUUGUACAAAGACUGAAUGAGGAAGAACUAGCUCGUCAAGAACAAGAUCCUAUCGCAUUGCAUUCACUCAAACAAGUCUCUGAUGAGGAAAUAACAAGAGAGAAUGUAGAGAACCUAACCAACAUGGUCCAAGUCAAUGAGGAGAAUAUCCUUUUACAACAACAACAACAACAAGAAGAAGAUAUUCGAGUAGCUAUUGUAGGACGACCCAAUGUUGGUAAAUCUACUUUGAUCAAUAGAUUGAUUGACGAAGAUAGAUUAAUUACUGGAGCAGUACAAGGAAUUACUAGAGAUGCCAUUCCGGUAGAAUGGAUUCAUCAAGAGAAGCGUUUUAUAUUAACGGAUACUGCAGGAAUUCGUAAAAGAUCAGCUAUUCAAGUGCGCAUGGAACGUUUUAGUAUGGAAACUUCUCUGAAAACUAUAAGAAAAUCCCAUGUCGUUUGUGUAGUUUUGGAUGGAUCGCAACAUUUGACGCAACAAGAUGCGAGAAUUAUUGGAUUUGCUAUUGAUGUUGGAAAGCCUUUGAUUGUCAUUGCAAACAAAUGGGACUUGGUGAACCCUCAAAUGGCACAGUCUCAACUAGAAAAGUUGUCAACUCAACUAUAUUCAAUGUUACCUGACUUGAAAGGUUCUUCUAUCUUUACCUUGUCUGCCAUCGAUAGAACGGAUGCUACAGUAUUCGAUAGGAUAGGAAAUGCUAUACAAGAGGCCUUUCAAAAGUGGAACAAAAAUAUUUCCACUUCCCAACUCACAGAAUGGCUACAGACUUUGAUAAGUUUGAGGCCUCCACCUGCAAUGUCUUCAAGUAAGAAAAAACCAAAAUUGGCUUAUCUCACCCAAGUUGAUAUAAGACCUCCUCAAUUUGUACUUUUUGGAGCGACUGAAUUGCCAAAUAACUAUAUGCGAUUCCUUAUGAAUGGUUUACGUAAUGAGUUUGAUUUGCAUGGCGUUCCUAUUCGUUUGCGUCUAAAAGGAAGAACGGAAAAGUAACUCGAAUUAUUUUUAUGGUGUAUUUAUAUAAUAUCUUUGAUUUUAUGGUUUUUUUUACACAUGUAGCUAAACGAAGAGAUAUAAAUGAGUCCACGCUUUU